AUGGUGCAGCAAAUGCCCCCUCAAGGAGGAUCGCGCAAGAUCUCCUUUAACGUCUCAGAUCAGUAUGAGAUUCAAGAUGUCAUCGGAGAGGGCGCCUAUGGCGUUGUUUGCUCGGCUGUUCACAAGCCGUCCGGCCAGAAAGUCGCCAUCAAGAAGAUCACACCGUUCGACCAUUCCAUGUUCUGUCUACGAACCCUACGUGAGAUGAAGCUUCUGCGGUAUUUCAACCACGAAAACAUUAUUUCUAUCUUGGAUAUUCAGCGCCCUCGGAACUAUGAGAGCUUCAACGAAGUGUACCUGAUUCAGGAAUUGAUGGAGACGGAUAUGCACCGUGUCAUCCGUACCCAAGACCUCUCCGACGACCACUGCCAAUAUUUCAUUUACCAGACCCUACGCGCGCUGAAAGCUAUGCACUCGGCGAACGUUCUUCACCGUGAUCUCAAGCCCUCUAACCUCCUUCUGAAUGCCAACUGUGAUCUGAAAGUCUGUGACUUUGGACUUGCUCGGUCGGCCGCAUCGACUGAUGACAACUCGGGUUUCAUGACGGAAUACGUGGCUACCCGGUGGUACCGUGCGCCGGAGAUUAUGUUGACGUUCAAGGAAUACACCAAGGCGAUCGAUGUGUGGAGUGUGGGCUGUAUUCUGGCUGAAAUGCUGAGCGGAAAGCCCCUAUUCCCCGGAAAGGACUAUCACCACCAACUGACCCUCAUCCUCGAUGUCCUUGGAACGCCAACCAUGGAAGACUACUACGGUAUCAAGUCCCGCCGGGCUCGAGAGUACAUCCGAUCGCUUCCUUUCAAAAAGAAGAUUCCCUUCCGCGCCAUGUUCCCCAAGAGCAAUGAUCUUGCCUUGGAUCUUCUGGAGAAGCUCCUCGCUUUUAACCCCGCCAAGCGAAUCACCGUGGAAGAAGCGCUGCGUCACCCAUACUUGGAGCCGUAUCACGAUCCGGAAGAUGAACCCACGGCGCCACCGAUUCCGGAGGGGUUCUUUGAUUUUGACAAGAACAAGGAUGCGUUGAGCAAGGAGCAGUUGAAGCUUUUGAUCUAUGAAGAGAUCAUGCGGUAA